AUGUCUGAACCUAUUCCACCGCCGACUUACGAUGUCUCUGCAUCUUCAGACGUGACCGACUCUGCAGAUGGACACUCUGAGCCUCAGCUGCUUAUCGUGCCAACGGUGGAUACAGUAAAUUUCCAGAAGGGCUAUCUCGGAGCAGAGGAUGAAAGGGCAGCCAUCGAAGGCGAACUGCAGAUCAAAGGCGCUAUUUCCGAGGUUUGGGAUAAAGUAACAGUGAGCUUGAGGACUAUCGAAACAGCAUUUGACAAAGAAAUUGAGCUUGGAAUAUGCGAAAUCAUUCUUUGGUCUCGGUCGGCGAGUCCUUCAGUGACUACGGUGCCUUCAUCGUUGCUGUUUGCCAUUCCUCUCAUGCCAGAUGCCCCGCAAUCAAUAGUCACUCCCUGUUCAUCCUUGUCCCAUAUCUUAACUGCAACUCUCCAUCCAGUGAGCCCCGAUCUUCCCGUGCUUUCCAAAGCCUUGAAUGUUCACACCAAACGGUUCACCUCUCAUCUGCACUCUGUCCCAAUAGCGCCAGAAACGCAUUCUUUGGAUCAGCCCGCUCGAGUUCAUGCAGAAGUUCCUCGAACUAUCUAUCAGGUUGGUGAACCCAUUCCGGUCUACAUCACUAUUCCUCCACCGCCACGGGAAAUUGUCGUGGAGGAUGGUUUGAGGCUGCGUAAUGUCAAAACCGAACUUGUGCAGAUGAUCAAGGUCAAACGCGACGACGCUAACGACGGGCUUAUCCAGGAGUCUCUUUCUGACCCCAAUGAUGAUGCGGAAGGUACAUCAACUAGUACUAUCACAAUGCUGGCUCCUGAGAAAUCAUCGCAGUGCUCCAAGUCGCCUGUCUCGCCACCGAUGGAAGACUGCAGCUUUCGGUCAACGCUGGCACGUUCCGGCGCAUCUUGUCGUUUUCAUUCAUCGCGUCCAGUACGGUUGCGCUUCGUUAUGCAUCAAACCUCCCCGUUCUCGUCUCCAGUCAACAAUAUCUUGACUCUACCCAGUCCUGAGUAUGAGCAUCUCGAUGGAGAUACAGAAUACGCCUCCAUCACACAACAUACGCUCCUCCAUUCAGUUAUGUUUCAGAUCAAUGUUCAUGUUUCCUUUGUUCACGUCGGCACUCGAACGGAACGUAUUUCCACCAUCAGUAUACCGGUUACUCUUCUUCCCCCUUCGGCUUCUCUGCCACAGGUAGGUUCUUCUACAGAUGAAGCGUAUCAAAAGAAACACGACCGUCCUCCAGUCCAGACAAACCGUUAUGAAGACGAUCUCGUGCCGCAUUAUACAGAGGGUGAGGCUGGGCCUAGUGGUCUUCCUCAUGGCGCACCUCCACCUUUUGAAGAACGAGAUGCACCACCGCCAUUUUCUUCUUCAGCUUUAGAGGCCUCUUCCUCUGCUCGCCUGCCUACAUUUUUGGAAUCUGAACGGGAGAUUAUCAUCCCUUCAGACUCAGAUCAAACGUUUACCAACCUCCCGCAAUCAAUGCAUCUUGUCAACGGCGAAGGAUCUCUGUUCGGGUUCACUGUAUCAGAUGUAUUCGACGGUCAUUCAGAGGAUAUGCAACGAUCAACGACACCACCGCCCUCGUUGGAGAUGGCUAGCCAUGAUACAGAUGUAACUCAGCUCGCCGACAUAGCCCAGCCGGAGAGGGCAAUCGAGGCCUUGGGUUUGGUGCUCACAGCCCAAACGCAGCGCGAGGAUCACGCUUCAGAGCUUCCGCCCCCUCCACCCGCAUUGGACGAUCCUUCGGAUCCUCCACCAUCCAUUGACUCUGACUUUCGAUUACCAGAUGCACCACGUCAGAGGUCACCUCCGAAUGUGCCAUCCAGAUUACAUUCUACCUCACCAGUGCCGUCUUCAGAGAAUCAAGUGUCACAUGGCCAUGCACCACCUCCUUAUCUCGUUCCGGAGAAUCACGCUGAACAUGUAACACGACCACCUCCUUACGUGGACUAGAAACAACUUAGAGUUGCCAAUCAAUGUACCAACGAUGUAAUGUAUUGAACACUAUAAUGAACGAAUUCCAUGUGCAUUUAGUCUCCCAAAGGCAGAAUCUUUACCUCUUGAAACUUUCGAGCCGAGGUAACUUGUAGAUAGAUGGUUCGGUCAUUUCAAGGACACAUUACAUGUACGUAUGUCAUUCAACGCAAAAGAAAUGAGAAGCAGGAAAAAUGUGGCAAUGAAAUGGGAGACAGACGCCGUAAAAUCAUAAACUAAUAGAGGAAGAAAUCCAUGAUAUAGUGUGGAUGGGAGGAUAACAAUCAAUCUUCUAACAGUUGCAAGCAUCCUUCGGUUUGUUGGCAUUCUCUUCUAAAUUCACAGCACCUUCUUGUGCGUUGCCUGAUCGUCCACCGGGAGCACCUGGACGGCGAACACCGCCCCCUGCUGCUAAAAUAUGUUCGAUAGGAAUCUUUUUAG